UUAAAACAUUGCACACAUUUGACUGCUUUGCAGUGUCACGACCAAUUGGCAACACUUCGAUAUAUAGACCCUGGAUCGACUUUCCCUUUCUACUUGGCAUCUUGCGAAACUACUUGCUUUGGUCAAUCGAGGCAGGAAUGGAUAUCAGCCCUAUAAUGCUCAUUUCGGACAUAAAAGCGCUGGAUGGUGGUAUAUAGCACGAACACCAUUGUCUUACGUUCAUCAAGUUAUCAACUCCCUCACGCCCAUACUCGAAUACUAUGACCCUAGUCUCAGAUGAUCCCAGUUGGUGGCCGGUCAUUAAUGGGAAUCUUCUUACUAGCUAUAUCGUUGUUUCCGCCUCUGUUGGGGUGAUGUAUGAUUGGGCGCUAACAUUUGGACAAGAGGUUGAACUCGUCUGGAGGCAACGCUGGUCCCUGAUGACCGUUCUGUAUCUUAGCGUGCGCUAUGGUGGAAUAAUAUAUGCUGCCCUCAGGAUACUGGCAAACGUUCCAACAAUCUCAGUGACAGAUGCAGUGAGCUACGUUAUGUUUGUCGUAGCGAAUUCGAUGGCUGCAGCCGUGGAUGCAAUGCUGUGCGUCAUCAUGAUCACUCGCUUAUACGCCAUGUAUCAGCAAUCCAGAAAGGUGCUGAUAUUUCUCGUCGUCAUCUUCCUGGCUUUAACCAUCGCCGCUAUUGCGUUGGGCACAAUACCAAUGACGGAUGGUUCAGGGGAGGAACUCAUUCUCUCCGGCACCUAUUGGUGCAAUGUUCAGCUUGUGGGAAAUUCCAACAUUCUAGAAUGCAUAGGUUGGAUGCUGGUCGUUGUGUGGGAGGUUCUCGCAGUGUGUCUCGCAGUCUGGAUUGCUGUAAAACACUUCCGUGAACUGCGACGAUACUCGGCAGCAGGGAUUAUCGAGGACUUUUUGGCAAUGUUAUUGAAAACCCACGUGGUUUACUUUGCGAGCUGUCUCGUUGUUUCUUGCAUCUCGAUCGGACAUUUGAGUUCAACGAUCUCAAAGGUACGCCGAUUAGUCGCUGACCUCUGCAUGCGAGUACGGUUCAUCGUUCCUACAGAACGGAAAUUCCCUAGGGGCUCACGUUUAUGGUGCCUUUGAUCAAAUGUUCUUGGUCCUGCAGAUGUGUGUGCUGGGACCCGCGCUUGAUUCUUAGCGUUCGAGAAUAUCAUGCUAAGCUCGUGGCCGACUCCGAUGCAGCAACUGGCAUGACUUCAAUUGCUUUCCAGGAGCGCGUGCAUGUGUCGACUAGCAGCAGUGUGUAGCACGGGAGAUGCUUGAUCUGAUUAACACUCGUCGGGAGUGGGGGAAUUUUUUGUUUUGUUCCAAGUUUCAUCGUGGUAUUUAUAUCAGUUAUUUGGUGCUCCGAAGUAGAUUCGAAGGAGGAAUAGGUCUCAUACAUAUCUUAUUGCAUCACUACUUGCACUAGCUGGCCACCCACACUUACUUCAGGCGGCGGAAAGCUAGAAUCAUGGAGAA